AAUGACCCUGUAUUUUGACAUUUCUGCGUUUUGCAGUGACAAGUGAAAUCGGUGAAACCUAUUUUGAUAAAUAUUCAAGAAAUCCUUUAAAAUGUCCUUUUUUGGUGUAGGGAAUCCGUUUUCUACGCCGGUAGGCCAGAAGAUAGAACAAGCUACUGAUGGCUCUCUACCAUCAGAAAACUGGGCACUUAACAUGGAAAUAUGCGAUAUCAUUAACAGUACCGCAGACGGGCCUAAGGAUGCUAUAAAAGCUAUUCGGAAAAGACUGACGCAGAGUGCGGGAAAAAACUACACUGUGGUGAUGUACACCCUGACGGUUCUGGAGUCUUGCGUGAAGAAUUGCAGCAAAUCCUUCCAUGUGUUGGUGUGCAAUAAGGAGUUUAUCUCAGAAUUGGUAAAACUGAUCGGGCCUAAGAAUGAUCCACCUACCGUGGUCCAAGAAAAAGUGCUGAGCCUCAUCCAAUGCUGGGCUGAUGCGUUCUCGAGCCAGCCGGAACUGCAGGGCGUUGGCCAGGUGUACAAUGAGCUGCGUACAAAAGGCGUGGAGUUCCCUAUGACCGACCUGGAUGCUAUGGCGCCUAUAUUCACACCACAAAGGAGCGUACCAGACGGAGACGCGCCGGUCGGCUCUCCGGCUCGUGGUCCACCACAGAUGUCACCCAGCCAUGUGCCCACAGAAAUACCACCUAGCACUGUGACACUAUCAGACAGCCAAACGGCCAAGCUUCGCGGAGACCUGGCCGUUGUGGAGGCCAACAUGGCGGUCAUGUCGGACAUGCUGAACGAGCUGACCGCACAACCGCCCGCCGCCACACACCAGAGCGACAUAGACCUGCUCAAUGAAUUAGCGGACACACUUCGCGCGAUGCAAACCCGCGUGGCCGAGCUAGUCGCGCGGCUCGGCGAGUCACCCCUCACUGGUGCCCUCUUGCACGCCAACGACCAGCUCAACAAUCUACUGCUACGCCACGCCCGCCUCCUCAACAACAGAAAUGCCGCCACCGGCGGUGCUACUCCUUCCGCCAUACUGGGGGCGGCUAUGGGCGUGCCUUCUGCUGAUACCCCAAAGAAAAACGAUGAUGAUGCGCUUAUCGACCUGAGUGACGAUAUACCUGAUAUUACCAAGCUAACCGUAAAAGACGCCCAACCCGACAAGUCUCCAGCCAGUUCGAAGGACGAGUUCGACAUGUUCGCACAGUCCCGCAACGUGAGCUACGACAACAACAAAACCGGGAGCAGUUACGCCGCGAACCUGGAAGAGCAGACGUCAGGCGGACUCGCCUCCGCCGCCAACCAGCGCGCCACGCAAGGACAGCCUGCGCCCACUGAAAUGGACCAAAGAGAGAUUGACGAAAUCGCUGCUUGGCUCGCCCAAGAAAAGGCGGCAUCAGAAGCCAACGGCACCGCCGAGAGCGUGACUAGCAGCGACUUUGACAAGUUCCUCGCGUCCCGCGCCGCCGCCGCUGACUCCCUCCCCCCCGCCACCAACCCCACCACCAACCCCACCACCACCAACCCCCCCACCACCAACACCACCCCCCGCCACCGCCAGAUCAAAAAGGAAGACCAGGACUCCAUGUUUGCGCUCUGAUGCCCCGAGGUACGAUAGGAGACAGG